CAACAUGGCAGAAAUUAUAGAAAAUAUUCAAAUGCUUCUGAAGAAUCAGGAGGUAUGUUUUAUAAUCCUAAAAAUAAUGCAACCAACGAUGAAACUCAGAGGAAUGACAAAUUGAUGAAUGUUGAUGCAAAUAAUGUCAAUGCAAAUAAAACUAAUGUAUCUAACAUCGAAGAAGAACAUGAAAUCAAUGAUCAUGUAAAAGCUGAUAAAGAAAAUACCGAUGCUACUGGUGGAACUACGAGUCAAAAUUAUGAACAAUCGAGUAGAAAUAAUUAUCAACGUCAUAAUACUAAUUAUGGAACACAACGUAUUCCUGCUAAAUAUGGUAAAAAAGUAUCAAAUGAUCGGAAAAUUGGUAAAUAUGAUAAUAAUUAUCGUGAGAGAAAAAAUAAUUAUCAGGAGUAUAAUAAUUACAAGGAAAGACAUGAAGAAAGUAAAGUAGAUACUACUAAGGAUAAAUAUAAAAACAAAGAUAUAAAUCAAGAAACUAAAUCGAUAGAAAUUGUUAAUUGGAGACAAAAGGGAGAAAACAAUGAUAAAAGUAAUAUUACUAAACGAAAGACGAAUAAAAAGCACGAAGAUGAUGAUGCAAGUCAAAGAGAAAGAUUAACAGAUCAGUUAAAUAGAGGACAAUUGGAAUGUUUAGUAUGUUGCGAAUAUAUCAAACAAAAUGAUUACAUUUGGUCUUGUUCCAAUUGUUAUCAUGUUUUACAUUUAAAGUGUAUCAAAAAGUGGGCAAAAUCUUCUCAAGCAGAAAAUGGUUGGAGAUGUCCCGCGUGUCAAAAUGUGAGCACUAUGAUUCCUGAAGAAUACUUUUGUUUCUGUGGGAAAACAAAAAUGCCUGAAUGGAAUCGCAGAGAUAUGGCUCAUUCUUGUGGUGAAGUUUGUGGAAGAUCUCGAAUCAAAAAUAACUGCCCUCAUAAAUGUACUUUGUUGUGUCAUCCAGGAUCUUGUCCGUCAUGUAUAGCAAUGGUAACAAAAAAUUGUGGUUGUGGUAAAACAUCACAAACGUUACAAUGCUGUACAUUAACACUAUUACUCUGCGAUUCUAUUUGUGGUAAAUUAUUGAAUUGCGGAGAGCAUAAAUGUGAAAAUAAAUGUCAUCAUGGGGAAUGUGAACCUUGUAAUAAAGUUAAACAACAAGAAUGUUAUUGUGGAAAAAGUAAAAGAGAUGUAACUUGUCAAUCUGACGUAUCUUCAACAUAUUCCUGUGAAAAUACCUGUGAUAAGGUAUUAGAUUGUGGAAAUCAUAAAUGCAAAAAGCCUUGUCAUUCCAAUUCAUGCGAGCCUUGUGCAUUUACACCUGAUAAAAUUACAACAUGCUGUUGUGGACGAACACCACUGUCAGAUGAAAGAAAAUCUUGUUUAGAUCCAAUUCCAACUUGUGAAGAGAUAUGUUCUAAACGUCUUAAUUGUGGUCAACCUAGUAAUCCACACACGUGCAAGGUAAAGUGUCAUCAAGGAGAUUGUCCUGAAUGUGAUUUAACAACGGACGUUAAAUGUCGUUGCGGUAAUAUGGAUAGAGAAAUUCAAUGUAAAGAUUUAACGACCAAGGCGGAUGAUGCACGUUGUGAAAAGAAGUGCAUUAAAAAGAGAUCUUGCGGAAAACAUAAGUGUAAUCAAAUGUGUUGCAUUGAUCUUGAACAUAUUUGUCCUUUACCUUGUUCUAAAACAUUAAGUUGCGGUAGACAUAAAUGUGAACAAACCUGCCAUAAAGGUAGGUGUCAACCUUGCUGGCGAAGUAGUUUUGACGAAUUGUAUUGUGAAUGUGGUACAGCUGUAAUAUAUCCACCUGUACCCUGUGGAACUAGACGACCCAUUUGUAAUAAACCUUGUUCACGUGAUCAUUCUUGUGGUCAUGAAGUAUUUCAUAAUUGUCACAGUGAAUUGACAUGUCCCCCAUGUACUUAUCUUACUGAAAAAUGGUGUUAUGGCAAGCACGAACUUAGAAAAGCUGUUCCAUGCUAUUUUAAUGAAAUUUCAUGUGGCUUAAUGUGUAAUAAGCCUUUGUCUUGUGGAAGACAUAAAUGUAUAACUACAUGUCAUCCUGGAUCAUGUGAAAAGCCAGGACAGCAAUGUGUUCAACCAUGUAAUACAUUAAGAGAAUUAUGCGGGCAUAUAUGUGCGGCUCCAUGUCACGAGGGCAAAUGUCCUGAUAUACCUUGUAAAGAAAUGGUUAAAGUAACGUGUCAAUGUGGACAUAGAAGUACAACCAGAGUAUGCGAAGAAAAUUCGCGAGAAUAUCAAAGAAUAACCAGCAACAUUUUAGCUAGUAAAAUGGCUGAUAUGCAACUAGGUCAUUCUGUUGAUUUAGAAGAACUUUUUGGACCAGGAGCAAAGAAACAAAAUCAAUUGAAAAUUCUCGAAUGUAGUGAUGAAUGUAAAUUAAUAGAACGUAAUAGAAGAUUAGCAUUAGGACUUCAAAUUGUUAAUCCAGAUUUAAGUGGAAAAUUAAUGCCAAGAUAUACCGAUUAUAUGAAACAAUGGGCAAAAAAAGAUCCUCAUUUUUGUCAAAUGGUUCAUGACAAAUUAACAGAAUUAGUUCAACUAGCAAAGACUUCUAAACAAAAAUCAAGAAGUUAUUCAUUUGAUAGUAUGAAUAGAGAUAAGCGUCGUUUCAUUCACGAAUCUUGCGAACAUUUUGGUUGUGAAAGUCAAGCAUAUGAUUUGGAACCAAAAAGAAACGUUGUUGCUACUGCUGUAAAAGAUAAGUGUUGGUUACCAAGUUAUAGUUUAUUAGAAAUUGUGCAAAGAAACAAUGGACAAAGAAAAGUUCCAGGCCCGAUAUUGAAUACUACAAAAGCCAACAGUUCAAUAAAGACAAUCUUAGCAUUACCUGCAAAAAGAAAUCAACAAGUUGUACCAACUCCAUCAACUUCUUCAAGAUCACCAGAACCAGAACCAGAAAUAGAUUAUUUCUAUUAUAAAGGGGAUUGAAUUUAGAAAUUUCUUUUAAUCGGGAUUAACGUUAAUACAAUCAAGUAAGUAUCAUGAAAAGUGACAAUGUUUUACAAGAAUACGUUUAAUGGAUAUAAGUUAUAACAAAAAUCAUAGAAAUUUUCAAACAUAAUUAAUACAAACACACACACACACAUAUAUAUAUAUAUAUAAUCA